AUGGUAGGUGUUCGCUUGAGAUGGAAUGUCGGAAAUUUCCCGAUUGAUUGCGAUACCGAGAGUUUGGCAGAUGGCGACAAUGCAGUCAGUCAGUCAGUGAAUUGUGAUGCCCCAAGCACACGCACACGCACACACGCAGCAACACACAACAGCAACAGGAAGUGUCAGCAGCAACCAGCAGCAGAAGCAGAAGCAGGCAGCGAUGGUGACAGAGAACGGUUCACGGACAGGGUUCAAGGCAGUCAAGAACAAUUAAAAUUAAUCUCCCUAGGGCCAACAGAAAAUGUGUCUGUGAAGAGCGGGAGGGGGAAAGCGUGGGAGGAAGAAGAAGAAACAAAAGAGGGCUGGGGAGAAAGAAGAGCAAACACAGAAGACCACUGUCGGAGCAGGGACGGCGUCAUGUCGCGCAGAACAGCUGUAGAAGUUCCAGCCGCCAGACGCCUUGCGUGGAGCCGAUGUCGAUCGCCACACGCACCUGGGCCUGUCAAGUUUAUCGCUUGUCUUGUCUCGGGCUACUCGGCGGAAUACCACCCAGAGGGAGACCCCAGGAGGUCUGUGUAUAUGUAA